AUGGACCCAGGUAGAGUCUUCGGGACUUAUUUUGGGCUGGAUUACUUAUGCAAAACUUGGCACCGAUUUGGACUGAAAGUUGAGAAUGGACCGAGAUGGAAUGUUUCACUAAGUUUAAGAAUUGGGCUCACUGCUACCCUCAUAGAAAAUUUGUAUUUACUCGAUUAUUUUAUUUGUUUUGUCUUCAACAGAUUGGAGUUAUAUGACCUGGUUGAACGAGAAAUUUCAGGGGAUGGUAAUUGCCAGUUUCGUUCAUUAUCAGAUCAAAUAUAUCGUACUCCCAAGCAUCAUAAAUUAGUGAGAGAACAAGUUUUGUACCAGCUGAUGUCCUAUCGAGAGCUGUAUGAAAAUUAUGUUCCAAUGGCUUAUGACGACUACUUGAAGAAAAUGAGCAAGACAGGCGAAUGGGGGGAUCAUGUCACAUUGCAGGCUGCUGCAGACACUUAUGGCGUCAAAAUAUUUGUCAUUACGUCGUUUAGGGAUACCUGCUAUAUUGAGAUUCUUCCAAAUACUCUGAAGUCAAACAGAAUGAUAUUUUUGAGCUUCUGGGCGGAAGUGCACUAUAACUCUAUUUAUCCGCGAGAAGAAUAUCUUAGAGGAGGAAAUGCCGAUGAAGGCAAGGGGAGUUUUACCUCUAAAAGGAGAGAGAGAGUCAGUUUGGUAGAGAGUGAAAGUAAAGGCACAUCUUAUAUGGAAUAUUCGGAAGGUAAUGGGCGUUUAAUUGGUUGGAUUCAGUUUGUAUUCCUUAAUAUUGCUUCUGUUUUGCAGAAUUUCCUGUAUUGGGGAGCAAGAAAAAGAAGAAGUGGUGGAAAGCCUGAUUAUUAGCUUGUUUUGUGCAUGCAGUUCUGAUGUAAUUCAUACAUUUAUUCUGUUAUUAAAUGUUGAUAUACAUAUUUUUUAGUACAUUUUUGAACUUUGCAACUUUCAAGAUUCAAGUAGGCAGUAUAUUUUUCUUA